AUGGGUGUCACGCUGUCAUAUUUACGAAUACCUGUCUUCAUGACCUCUGGCCUCGCCGCUCUAGGAAGCGGUUUUCUCUACUUCAAACAAAACGACCUCAUCUAUCCCGCAAAUCUCCCUGCCGGAUCGAGAACCAACGUACCGACUCCCGAACAGUUUCAUCUUAAGCAAGCCGAAUCGAUAAAGUUUCCUACCCCCGACGGCGAGACGCUCCACGGCUAUCUCUUGCGACCUCCAACGCCUUCCCUAAAAAAAAACAUCACACUUUUGACGUUCCAUGGAAACGCUGGUAAUGUCGGUCAUCGGCUUCCCAUAGGCAAGGUCUUGUCCGAGAGCUUGGGUUGCCAUGUGUUCAUGGUCGAAUAUCGAGGCUACGGCUUGUCUACCGGGUCGCCAGACGAGGACGGACUGUCUAUCGACGGACAGACAGCUCUGGAUUUUGUGCGAAACCAUGAAGAGUUGAGAAAGACCAACAUCGUACUGUAUGGCCAAAGCCUGGGUGGGGCUGUUGCGAUCAAACUUCUGCAAGCUAACGAGCGAGUCGGUGAUAUUGCGGCCGUGAUUUUGGAGAACACCUUCUUGUCCAUUCGCAAGCUGAUCCCCACGGUCAUGCCACCAGCCAAGUAUCUCGUACCGCUCUGCCAUCAAUGUUGGAACUCAGAGGAAUCCCUGGCAAAAGUGUCGGACCUAGAUAUCCCCAUCCUGUUUCUUUCUGGCCUUCGGGAUGAGAUUGUGCCUCCGGCAAUGAUGAAGGCUCUGCACGAUCAAUGUCCCACGAGGAAAGUGUGGAAAGAAUUCCCGAAUGGGGACCAUAACUCGACCGUUGCGGAGCCGGGGUACUUCGAUGCUAUUUGGGACUUCCUCGUUCAGGACGUACUAAGAGGCGCACGUCAAAAUAGCCUGAAGAGAGGUGAUGUUGACGUCGACCGGGACGAGUUAUGGGGCUGA